CAACGAAUUUUAUCUGCUGGGCAUUUAUUUAAAUGUGGAAUUAAUACUGAAAAAUGUGAUAAUAAUGUGACUGUAGUUACCGCGCUUUGUAUAUAAACGUCACACAUGAAAGAAAAGCCGCACGAAAUAAAUGCAAAAAUUAGUAAAGCCGGGAAAAUAAUUGCAAUUGCUUGCUCUUGUAAGGCAGGAUUAGGAGAAAUGUGUAAACACGCAGUGGCAACAUUAUUUUAUAGUUAUCGUAAAGGAGAUGACUUGGACAUAUUCUCAUACACGGAUUUGAAGUGUUCCUGGAGAACGGCACACACCAAUGCCUUGAAAAACUAUGAUCCUGCUCCAAUCACUGAUCAUCCGUGUUGUUCUAAAUCAAAAGUAGACAAAUUCUUUCAGAAUUUGAAUAAAAGUUCAUCGAGUAAUACACUUGCUGAUGAUGUAUCAUCAAAAGAUGAUUCAGACUCAAAUUCGAUAAUAGCUGAUGAUAAAAUUACUGUUUUGAAAGAGUCUAUUUCUUCUAAGAAAUCAAAUGAAGGUCCUAAAUAUUUAUUACAAAAUCCAACGUCUGAGCAAUAUGCUCUAAUGUUUGAAAAAAUAAAACAAGGACUUUCAGAAUCGGCUUUUACAAAACACUUAUUAGGCAGGCAUAAAUCAAUAGUUGUACGCAAAAAUAACACUCCAAGUAUUAGUGAUGAAAAGAAAGCAAUAAUAUCUGCAAUUUUCCUUAAUCAAAGAACUGAACUCAUGAAAGAUAUUAAAAAUACUAAAGUAAACUACGCACAAGAGUGCUGUAAAAAUACGAUGAAGGAUUAUUAUGAAGAUUUCGAGGCUAUUUGUGCUAAUACGAAUUUAAAUUAUGCUGAUUGGCAUAAAGCUCGUAGAUUUCGAAUUACAGGUUUGGUUUGCUAUAAGCUCUACACACACACUAAAAAUAAAAAAUCUGAUUGGAAAAAGCAAGCUAAGGAGUUAUUUGAUCCAAGUAGUUUCACGAGUGAAUACAUUGAGUAUGGCAAAAAAACAGAGGCUGAAGCUCGCUCUCUAUUUAUUGAAAAAGUUUAA